AGCUUAUUUACCAAGUCACCGCCACUUUUGAGAUUUGGAAGUCACCUGCGACACUCAUGUUUUCAAAUCCAGUUUUGUGACACUUUUUUAUCCGUCUUGGUUUUCAUUGGCCUCAGAAUUAAGCAGAACUUCUAACCUGACUCAGUAGGAUCUUAGGAUCGGGGAUUACCUCCAUUUGAACUUACUGGCAGUUUACAUGUUAUGGAUCUAAGAUGUCGAGAUUCCUUCAGAGAUUUGGAGAAUGUAAUUGCUCAGGGAAAUCUACUCCGCAAAUGUGUCUUGAAACCUGACACAGAUAACCUUUUAACCGGACGUCCAGUACUUGGGAACUUGACGAACAGACCAUGGAAUGAAACAGGAGCUCAGUUAUGUAAAGGCAAGCAGCCAUUUGCUGCACUUCGCAAUAAAAAUGCCAAACUUGUAAACACAGAAGCGGAAUAUUUAUCAGCAUCUUCAACCACAUUAUGUACAUUCAGUCAGAUAGAUAUAGGUUCAGCAUCAAGUAGUGAUAGCGGUUACAGUAGUACACAUUCAGCGUCAGCUCUUGAACAAUCCAAACUUACAUCUCAUUCUCUAACUCAGUCGGUUUUAUGCCUCAAACCAUCGGAAGAUGAACAGAUACCACUGUGCAAACGUCCUCGCAUUGAUGAUUGUGAAUCCACACAAAGUGAAGCAUCCAUUUCAGAUGUUGACGAUUCAGAAGUUGACAGAAGACCGUUUAAAUCCAAACUGGCAUGUGAUAUUGUUCGAGCUGCAUUUGCUGAUCGUGUACAAUUAGAAGAACUGCUAGCCGAAUGUAGAAGAGCUGAUUUUGCUAUAUCUGCAUUGGAUCGCUCACCAGUGGAUCGUAUGAUGGAAGCUACAGAUUAUAUUGUUGGCAUUAUGGCUUAUGAACAGACAAGGGAAACUAAAGAGUGUUUUCAAGUGGGUGAUUUUUUGGCCUCUGGUAAACAACCUAAUCUCAAUGCUGAUAUGUUAACAACAUUGGCCGAUUGGUUGGUCGAAGUACAAGAGAAUUUUGCACUAAACCAUGAAACAAUACACUUAGCUUGGGGUCUGUUGUAUGCAUUUUUGGAUCGUGGUAAAGCGCUUGCUCGACGUGAAAUUCAACUGAUGGCGUGUGCAGCAAUCAUGGUUGCGUGUAAACACGAAGAACGUCAAAUGCCUCAUCUGAAUGAAUUUAUGUACAUAACAGACAAUGCAUAUACAAAAGAUGAGUUUAUUGAAGCUGAACGUCGUCUACUGGUUGCCAUUGACUUUGCUGUUCAUCGUCCAAAUCCAUAUGUGUUUUUGCGUCGUUAUGCUCGGGUUUUGGAUGCUCACAGUGGACCAAUUCAGUUCACCUCACGAUUCCUCUUAGAAGCUGGUAUGCACAGUCAUGUUAUCAGUUUAAAGCGUGAAUCACGUAAAGCUGCAGCUGUCCUAUGGCUUGCUCGAGUAGUUCUUCGUAAUCCAUCGUAUGCAGAUUGGACACGUAGAGCUGAUGUACAUCAGUUAAGGCAAUUAAUUCAAAACAAUGUAUAUGCUCAAGCUUAUUAUGCUCAUUGCCGAAAUCAGAAAUCUAAAAUAACUAAUAAUAAAAAUAAUCCCCGAACAAGAUUAAGUCAAUUGGUUGGACAAAAUGUUGAUUCAUCUAAAUCUCCAUACAAUUUGUCAGCUUCAAGUUCAUGUGACUUUGAUUGUUUUCAAUUUAAAUUCACAGAAAAGCCUUCUAAUGGUUUAUCCUGUGAUAAUUUAGAUGAGUCACUGAAUGUGAAUUUCUCUACUGUUGUACGUGCACCACAUUCAACACCCAGUUGUAACAAUAACCUUCCUGCUUCAUCAUCAUCAUCUGUGAUUGACUCUUUAACUGAAAAUCACGCUUUCGAUAGUUUAGAUCCAUCAGUCAAAUCUGAUCUCGAAGCAAUGCAGUUAGAAGAAGAACAACGUCAACCAUUGUGGCCUCCUAUUUUAGAGCAUAUAACUGGUUACAAAGAAGCCGAUUUAAUCCCUUUAGCUCUACGUUAUCAUUCAAUCGCUUUAAGGUUAAUAGCUGAAGUUGCUCGCGGAGGUCGUUUGGCUUCAGGUAGUACUGAUAACUCUGAUAUGCCUACUAAUCUAAGCGUAAAAAAAUCGGAUAAUGACAAUAAUGAUGGAAAUGUUCAUACAAAUGAAGUUGAUGCAGAGGAUCCAUCAGCUGCACAAAAUUCACGUUGUGUAUCACCUGGUGGUCAUUAUUUACGUCGUCAGUCUGUCAGUAAAUACUGUUCAAGUGCCUUUUUAAGUGUAGCUGAUGCCUAUCCUCAAUUGGCAUUUGACAAUUUUGUCCCAUAUUUCCCAUCUAUCCAAUGCACAGAAACAUGUCAAUGUUUUGUUUGCGUUAAUCUCAUCCGUCGAAUGAAUUAACAACAACAACAACACCAAGCCUUUAAGCGUAGGAUAGAAACACCCUCUUCUUUCUUUAUUUAUUUUAUUCCCCCCCCCUACUUCAGUUAAUCGUCUCAACUAAUUUAUGCAGCUUUUUAAUCUUAUCACUAUUUUUCUUUUAUUCAUGAUUAUUGUCAAUUUGUCUUUCGUAUAAUCCAUUAAUUCAUCUAUUAGGUUUUUGGAUUUUAUUUUCUUUUUUUAUUGUUGCUGGGUAAAUAUUAGAUUUUAAAUGAAGCUACUCCUUAAUUUUAUGGUUUGUAAUAUUUGACGUAUAUACAUAUGUAAGUUCUCCUAGGAUUUUCUAUUCCCUGAAAUGUGACAUUAUUUCAUCAGGCUCCUCCGCCUCAUCCUCCUCCUCCUCCUUCUCAGGUGAAGAUGUUUUAUGUGUACAUAGGUAUUCAUGUAACCUCUAAAGCAUACACAUAAUCUUCACUUUAUAUUCUAUCACUAGUAAAAAUAUAACUUGUUUUAAAAAAGAAACAACUAAUAUUUGGUUAUCAAUUCCUUUUUUUUAAUCAAUAACAAAAUCCCCCUUUUUUAUCCUUUUCUUUCCCUCUGUCUGAUUAAUUAAAACAGAAAAAUGUCUGUUUUUAUUUUAAAUACCUGUUAUUUUUUAAUGUGUGUGUGUGUGUUAAUUAAUAUUUACGUUUAUCAUUAAACAUAUAAUAUUAUUAUGUUUUUGAAAUGUACUCAUCCCAAUAUAUAUAUAUAUAUAUAUAUAUGUUAAAUUGAUUUUAACAUCCUUUUCAAUGUGUGUGUAUGUGUGUAUUAUUCGAUCUGUUCUCAGUUUUAUUUUAAUAGGUGUUGUAUUUUUUCUAUUCGUCAAUUACCUAUUAAUAUAUGACUACCCAAUGCUAUGUAAUAUAUGUCGGUGUGUACGGUUGUUGCACUGUGAAUCAUAGUCACAUUUAAUUGUAUUGUAUUUUUUUAAAAAUCCUACAAUUAUUAUAAUAAUUGUCUAUUCUAAUCUACCGUAAAAAAUAAUAAUGCAUGAAUAAUAUAUCUGUUUGUGUGUAUUUGUGUGUUCGUGUCCGCAUAUAUCAAAAUCAACCUAUGGAAUUGAACUUCAUUUUAUCAAAUCUUAUAAACUGUGUUUUGUGAAUGAUUCUAUGAAUAUAAUAUAAUAUAUAUAUGUGGCACAUUUUCUUCCUCUAUUUGUGUUUUUAUUAAUUAUAUUAAUUAAAGUCCUACAUUUCGUUUUAAUAAGACCGAAAC